AUGCCGAAUCCACAAGAGAUCGCCUCCUCAAUCCCGCAAGUCGACAGCACAGCUUCAAAAGUUGCCUCCGUCAGACACCCCGACCUUCUGCUUUCGGCGCUGGGUCAGAUUCUAUCCCCGCCUCCGCCGCUGAAUCGCGCCCGCAACAUUGCGUAUCUCAAGCGCACUCUCGCAGAGGUAAAGCACUUCCGGGCCGAGCUGGCACACAAACCAGCCUUCUCCGAGGCCAACGUCUACCCACCCAUCGCCCUCAUGUAUGGCAAGGACACGCCGACAGUGUACGCUGUCAAAGUUGCCGGACGAGACGCCAUUGCUCAUGCGGACUGUUAUGACGACCUCGUCUUCAGGCCUGGUGACGGCGUGGUUCUCGCACGCGAGGCACAGCUGCCAGAGGGAUACGAACUCGUCCGAGGGGGGCGGCAGAGGACACACAGGGGACACCUCACCAUGUUGGGGGAUAUGCCAGCCGUGGGGCGGGCCAUGGAAGCUGUCAUUCGGGGGCGGAGAAAGGGCAUCGGCAUGGGCAGGCCGGAUACAGGACACAACGGCGCUGAGAGUAACGCAGGCGCCUAG